ACCUCAAAUGUAUGGAAUCUUCUUGAGAUGUUGAGAAGUGCUUCAGAAGUUGAGACAUGUCAGAGCCCUACGGUCCCACAUAAUAACUGGAAGGUUUGUUUUUCGUAACUUCUUUAUUCUGGCAUGGACUCCGCAUGCAUGCUUUUGCAUAAUCGUGAUUAACCUUCUAUCAUCAGAAAAUAUGUUGGAAGUUAUUGUCUUCUCCUCUGAAUUCAUAUUCUAUGCUCUUUUUCUUGUGUUCUCUCUCUCUCUCUCUCUCUCUCUCUCUCUCUCUCAACCAGUUAGAGCAGAAAAGGUGUAUUAUGGACGGUUAGUGGUGGGUAGAAAACAAGAAACUCACUCAAGGUUGAGAGAAAAGUAGGUCAAACUAAAUGAAGCCCCAAAUCACUCUUCCAUUAAUAACAGUCUUGACACAAACUCAAGAUUGAAAAGUAAUUUGCAUGCUUUCCGGUAUUUAGCACAUUGAAAUUUUCAUUUAAUAUAUGACCAUUUUUUUGUCCUUCAUGAUUAGGCUAAUUGAUAGUAGUGAGCAAAGAUAUGGGACUUAUGGUCUCACUGAGGGUAUAGCCCUUAAUAGAGCAGAACAGCAUACCAGGAUUCAUGUAGCCGACUCCAAGGACUUAUGGCCUCACUAAGGGUAUGACCCUUAAUAGAGCAGAAUGACUGACCAGGAUUCAUGUAGCCGACCCCAGUUAGUUGGAAAAGCCUUUGACGAUGAUGAUGAUGGUUAGUCUAGUUGAUAUGCAUUAGUUGGAUAAUUAAAUCUUUGACAGGCAUGGGUUGGUUAGAAGAGCUAGCAAUAUGAUCACUUGAAUUAUUAGAGUCAUAAGUUUACUGAUUCAGACUUUGUUUUGACUCUUGAGCCCUUUAGUCAAAUUGACAAAGUCUUGCUGGGUCAAUAAUUUAAGUAAGCGAAAUGAUUUAAAACGCAAUAUUUUCUAUAUGGUACUUUCUGGAUCUUUACUAAACUUGAUAAAUGUUCUAAAGUCACAAGGGAGUUUUGCCUAUUUCAGAUGCAACUCACCAAGUGAUGAACUGACAUGGCAGAUGAAAGAAGAUGGUGACCAAAUACGUAUCAUGUAUCGUGAAGGUCCAGAGGGUAGUCCAUACCAUACACUACUUUGUGAGGGCUACAUUGAUGGCGCAAUUGAUAACUGUUUAUGUGUUUCAUGGGAGUCGGAUCUGUAUCCAAAAUGGUGGCCUCAGCCAAGUUUUCCAACUUUUAAAGUAAUGUUAUCUAAGUCCUUAAAGAAAUUACGAAUCGGUGAAGAGAUUUCUUUGAUCAGGUUGAAGGUUCCAUGGCCACUUUCAACAAGGGAAGUUAUCUUACACUAUUGUGAAAUAGAAUAUUUUGAGCAAGAUCUCAUCAUUGUGCUUCUCAAUUCAGUCAGUGAAACAGAAUCACCAGACAGUAUUUGUCCUGGGUUGACCUUUGAUAGAGCUCCAGAAGAUGUUGUGCGUGUGGAUGUGGUUGGAGGUUUUGCACUACAAAAAGUGAGCUCAAAACAAAGCUACUUCAGGACAAUUGCAAACAUGGAUAUCAAGAUGGAAUUCAUACCUCCUUCACUUAUCAACUUCAUAUCAAGGCAGCUCAUUGGCGAUGGUUUUAGGCUUUAUCAAAAGUCAGUGGCCUCAGCAGCUGCUGGUGACGAGGAUUUCCGCAAGGUAUUGGAAGAAGGGCCUAUGUAUAAACAUAUCCGAGAGGCUCUAAGCCACAGUCAAGAUGCUAAAAAUAAUACAAGAAACUCCACUAUUGAUGAGGUUAACCUCCAGUGCAAGGAAAACCUGACUAAAAUUGAAGGCAACAAUUUGACCCAUAUGAACUCAACGUUUGUAGCCAAAUUAGAGGUUGAUGAUAGUGACCAAAAUGUCUCCUCUAAAAUGGAACCAACUAAUUUAGUUGGCUUGAAUCAGAUGCGUGGAACUGAGAUAGAAGAGGAGCAUGAAAAUGGCUCAAAUGUCCCCUUUAAAGUAGAAUCAUUAGAUUUAGCUCAAAUAAAUAAGCCUUGUACGACUGAGAUAGAGGAAGAUGAGAAUGAACUAUAUGUCUCCAGUGAAUACAAUAGACAGAGAAAUGACACCAUGAUCAGUCCCAAGGCACAACAACAUACCAAAUGGGAGGAACAUUUUAUCAGUCCUGAGGUGAAACGAGCUUUAGAAGUCCUGGAAAGGGCCAUAGGUCUUGUUCAUAGAGAUGCAUUCAGGGAUCCAUGCGAUGCUGGUGCUAAUAGGAACCAUAGUGAGAUAAUUCCCACCAAUCUUGACUCAUUGGAUUUGGAAAAGGCUUCAAAGAUAAUUGAGGGUUCUAACCAUGGCAAGGUUAGAAUUAAUAGCAUGGAUGCAACGGGGUCAGAAAAUCAGGGUGAGACUCAUGAAUUUCAUGUAAAUACAGCUUGCCGUGAUUUCAGAUCAAGCCCACACUCCGAUGAAGAGAACCUUAGGGAAGAACCAAACUUGGAAGCCAUUCCCGAGGCCAGCUUGCACAGUUUCAUUGCUCAUGGAGUCACUACAUCUAGAAAAGUGGUACCGGAUUCAGAUAAUAUGGCCACCAUAAGUAGAAAAGAAGCACCAGACAUGGAUAAGCAGGGUAAGGCUUCUUCUAUGGAAGUCAGUAUCGGAACUAAUGGCUUAUACGAGGGUGAUUGCAAGUAUUCUAAACAAAAACCCAUGGAAAAGAAGAGGCACAGAGUCUGCUGCUUCCACUUCUCCUAGCGUUGAAAUUAGAAUAUAAUUUUAUACCUAUUGUACCUUUAUAUUUAUGUAUGGACUUACCCUUUGUUUGGGAAAAGCUGGCCAUGUAUCCUUAAUUUUUGAAAGUUAACUAAGAUAUUGGGGUUGGGAGUAGUUGUAGAAUCAAUUCCUUUGCAAAAGGUUAAUGUCCCCUCUAGUAUAUUGGCAGUAGUUGGUUCUUGCACCGAGUUUUGAACAAACUGGUGAAAUUGCCGGUUGAGGUUCCUAUUGGCAUGGCUUUCAGAAACAGAGUUUCUGGUUCAUGAGUGGUUUGUGACAUGAAACUUUGUACAAGAUCAAUUGCCAAGGUAUCAUUUUUGUGAUUCA